AAGCGCUGCAGUGACAGUGGGGAAGCACAACCCGCUUGCAGGCAGCGCGAGGCAAAGACCUACCAACACGCUGUGAACUGGACACAAAGCGUGCAUGAGAGAUGAGUGACUGAGCAGCAGUUUGGAACAAAUGACUACUCAUCUUUACACAUGCUUGGGUAGAGAAAAAGAAGAUGCCAGUAGUUGAAAAUCAACCUAAUUUGAUUACAUGUGAGAACUGAAAGAUGGUGUAGAUGGUUUUACCUCCAAAGCAUUCCUAACGCUGCUCCAAGAGAAUCACCAUCAAAGUUUUUACUGACGGGAUCUAUUGGUGUAAGUCAGUGCACGGGGGCCAGGAUGUGGCCCCCUGACCUCGGGCCUCCAGACGUCCAGCUGACUCUUCCGGGUUUUGGAAGUGUGUUUGAGGAUGCCGAGGACCUUCAGGCGCCGCUGUCUUCUGGUGGCUUCUGUCAGUCAUCGAUACACUCAGGUGGUCUGGGCGUGUGCUGUCUUCCGAGGACUUCCCUGUCCCUUUCCUCGCUGGGCCGUGACCUCACCUCCCUGCUCAGCUGUAAGACAGCUGGAUCCCACAUAGAAAAGACGAUGGAGGACUUUGCCACCACAGCACACACAGAUCCUAAAAACAACAACCAGAGGUUCAGUUGUUACCCCCAGCCCUCCCUCCCUUUGUCCUAUAUGCUCACUGGCUGUGCCACAUCGCCUCCUUUUGGCUCUCCACCAUCCUCUCUUUCCUCUUCCUCCUCCUCCUCAUCUUUAUUUUUUGCCUCUUCCCUGAUUCUUUCUGAUGCACCUGGGGACAACAAGUCCUCUCAUCAACAACAAAAGAUACAGGAAGAGUAUCACUCAAUCAAGCAAGAGCCUGCAGAUGAUUUCUCACCAUGUAAGCAGGAACCAUUUCAAAUGAACAACCAGCAAGGGGAGCUAUUCCAUGUGGGACAGGCCCUCCAAGGCCACGAUGCCCAGGAAAACACCCCACUUCAUUUCCUGAGACACAAUGGACCUUCAGGACAGGACCUCACAGUGGACCAACAGGACCAGCCGUGUCAUUGGAUUGACUGCAGUGCCACUUACAGCAGUCAGGAGGAGCUGGUGAGGCACAUUGAGAAGGUGCACAUUGACCAGCGCAAAGGGGAAGAGUUUUCCUGUUUCUGGGCCGGCUGUGUGCGACGCCACAAACCCUUCAACGCUCGCUAUAAGCUGCUCAUUCACAUGAGGGUCCACUCUGGAGAAAAACCCAAUAAAUGCAUGUUUGAGGGCUGCUCCAAGGCAUUCUCACGUCUGGAGAACCUGAAGAUCCAUCUGAGGAGCCACACAGGAGAGAAACCGUACAUCUGCCAGCAUCCCGGCUGCCUCAAAGCCUUCAGUAACUCCAGUGACCGGGCCAAACACCAGCGCACACAUCUGGACACGAAGCCAUACGCCUGUCAGAUCCCAGGAUGCACCAAACGCUACACCGAUCCCAGCUCGCUACGAAAGCACGUCAAAGCUCAUUCAGCUAAAGGCCUUCAGGAGAGGGAGGUCAAGGUUCAGGUGCACACAAUGCUGGAAUCGGACAUUUUGAGUGAUUGUCUGGCGAGGCAGCAUCUCCACAGCUCUGCCUCCUCACACCAAGAAAACAGCUCGCCUUUACCGCGCUUAGAUGACUUCACAGGUGUGUACUCAAACAGCAGCACUGUCCACAACAGUGGAAAUUCAGAGUUUCUCCCUCCAUCAGCAGACACCUGCUCCGGGUAUCAAGGUCUGGAGGGAAACUUUGAUGCCAACAGCCCAAUAUCGUCACUAACAAGCCCAGGGAGCAUGAGAGAGGGGAACCGGCCAGCAUCGUUGUUUAUGUCCGCUGACGUCAGCCCAGUGAGCUCCUCAUCAGACAGAGCAGACGUCCAGUUACAGGGCUACCAUAAAACCUACAGCCACCAACAACUGUUCUCACAGCAGCAAGGAUGUCUGUAUGGAGAGGGAAAGGUGGUUCAAACAGUCAGUGAUGGAGGCUUUGAACCCAUUGGUUACUUCACAAAUCCCUCUGCAUCUCACUCUACAGAGUUUGACUUGUUGCAGGACCUGCAGGGCCAGGCAGGGGGGGGUUACUCCAUGUCUCCCUGCUCAGACGACAGCUUCCUCUUUCAGGCAGGAGGUGUAGACCGCUGCCUCAACCAGAUCUACUCCAUCUACCUGGACUCAUGAUGUCAACCCAGAACCACAAAACUUAAUCAGAUCAUUUUGUUUUCCUAAGGACAAACUUCAACAUGCAGGAGUGUGAUGGGGGACAAUCACAGCAACAAUAUAUGGCAUAUUCAUGACUGAAGUUAAGUUUUAACGGUACAAACAAAAGUGCAAAAUUGACUAGAGGCAGAGCUGCUGGCAAAGUGACAAACAUGAACAGCCAAAAGAGAAAAUCUGGUCAAAUUAUAAAUGUAAAUAGCAGUGACUUUUUUAUUCAGAGAUGACCACAGCAUUUGUGAUCUGGAUUGAAUGAGCUAUGAGCUUUAUUUGCUAGUUUAAUGUAUUAGAAAGUCAGAUUGCUGGCUCGCUGGCUCUGCCACUUAUGUUAAACUCAACCAGUGAACUUCACUUUGCCUACAAAGCAGCUUUGCCUCCAGGAAAUGUUAAAACAACCAUCAGAAUGGUAUCUUAUAAUGUAGUGUUUCCCUAUCUAGGGUCAAUAAAUAAAUCUACUGGGGUCAAAGGAUGAUUAAGAAGAUACCAAAGAACAAAAAAAAUAUAGUUCUGCUUCACAUAUUAUACAAAACUCUUUUCUCUAUUUGUUACUUUUUUCUAUAAAAGUAAAUAAAUAGUUUUUCCUUAAUUCGGCAAGCAUCAUUUUGAGGUGUCACAAGCCAAAAGGUUGGGAACCAUUAUGUUGUAAUUGAUAUCGAGAUGCAUUAAGCAGUGUAAGCAGUAGAGAAAGGAAUAUUUGUACAUUUUGGGAGAAAAUGCUUAUUGUUUUCUUCUCUUCUCUGUUGAGAGUUAGAUGAGAAGGUCAAUCCACUCGCAUAUCUGUAUGCUAAAAAUGUAGCUACUGUACAACAUUUAUUAGCUUAGCACAAAGACUGUAAAUGGGGGAAACUGAUGGCCUGGUUUUGUCUAAAUGUUACCAGUAACUUACCAGUAACUUUAAACACAUUAUAUCUCAUUUGUCUAAUGUGUAAAAAUACGGAGGAUUAUGUGUGACUUAAAAAUCAUAACUUUGUAACAUUUUUAAGGUUUUUUUGUGCAGGUUAAACAAACAAGACGUAACGUGUAAAUUAGUGAACUUUAGAGAUGCUGGUAGCCAGCUUUAGUUACCUUUGGACAGCACCAGGCUAGCUGGUACCCUCUGUUUAUGGUCUUUAUACUAAGGUAAGAAGCUAACCAGCUGCUCGCUGUAGCUUCAUAUUUACCAAACAGGCAUGAUAAUAACAAUAAUGAUCAUUUUACUUGUGGGGCACUGUUCAAGCAAGGAGCCUACAGUGCUUUCCAGUGCAGGGAGACAGCAUAAAAAGACAAUCAUGCACAGAUAUAAAAACAAACAAUUAAGACAGUGUAAAAAUAAACAUAAAAACUGACAGUAAUCACAACAGAUCUGUAUAAUACAAACAAAUGAGUUGUCAGACAAGUCUCUAAAUAUGUGUUUCAAGACAGGAUGUUAAAGCUGAGACAGUGUCAGCAGACCGAGUUGCAAUUAUAACUGGAAGACUGUUCCAAAGCCAAGGCGCCAAUACAGCAAAAGCUUGAUCACCGCUCAACCUCAACAUGGGCUCUAAAAGGCCUUCUGGGAAAGAAAAAGAUUCACUGAUAUACUGUUAAUCAUUGUAAGUAAAGCAGGUUGUUCAAAUGGAUUCUAAAAGAAAUGUGUUACCAGUGUAAAGAGGCUAAAACUGGGGUGAUGUGAGAAGUGUGUUUGGUCUUAGUCAUGAGCCAGGCUGCUGGAAUGAUAUCGAUCUUCUCUACUAACCCUCGGCAAGAAUGCAAAUAAGUGUAUACCCCUAGAUGUCAAGCUAUUCCUUUAAGAUUGUAGUGUGUGUUCAUAAACACAGUUAAAUUACCUUGUAACCAAAGCGUCAUUGAUAAAAGAGGGAACAGCAGCAGACUGGAGUGUACAGUAAACUGCAGCAGUACUGCCACCAAGUGUCUGAAUGACUGUAUAUACAUAUAAUAUACAUACAGUCUUUGGUACAGAGUGGGUCAGUGUGGAUGACUCUGGGACUAAUAAAUACACAAACCAAAACCAAAAACUGCACUAAAAUAUAUCGUCUAUGAUUUGUCUGUCAUGGACUGAGAGGUGCCAACAAAUACGUUUCAGUAUGUGUAACCUAACAACGAUCAAGACAGUAGCAUAAUCUCCUUUUUUUUUAAAUAAAUAUUGUUUCUUCUUUUGGUUCAGCACAGUGCCUAUACAGGUUUGUUGUAUAGUUUCUAUCAGUGUUAUAUUCAGUGAGAGGGAAGUGCGCAGUGUUUACAAUAACUUCUCUGCACUCUUUUCUGUCUCAUCACAGAGACUUAAAAAAAAUGACCAACCAGAAAAUGUUUACACUGAUUUUGUAGCAAGUCAGAGAUUUCUUAUUAUUGUCAAUGAACAGUGUAUAUAGACUGUAUGUAAAUGCACCUGUUUUAUAUCUAAAUAAAAAAAAACUGUUUGUUUA